CCCCCCACCCCAUAGGGUUAGAGAGUCCAUAAGAGAGAGCAUCCAGAGACGCACAGGCACACUAUCACAAGACCUCCCCAUUUGAUGCCAAUCAGACCCGUGAGCACCAAGGGAAUCAUGCCUGUGCCCAAGAAAGCAGGAAGAAAAAACAGCAGUGCUGGGGAAGUGAAGUCACCGUCAUAUGAGCCAAAUAUCCCUGAACCCACCACCAGAGCUGACUUCAUGAAAUAUUGGCUCCCGCUCACUCUGGAUGAUAAAACUGCACAGAAACUGUUGUGGAUUUCAGAAGGUGGGUCCAAAGUGGCCCGUACGUCAGACGCUGUCUGCCCAUAUCCCAACAGGCCUGAGAGAUAUGAACACUCACCACAGGUGCUGUGUAAGGAGGCUGUGAUGGGCUACCGGGCGUACUGGGAGGUGGACUACGAUGGCUGGGUGGUGGUCGGGGUGGUGUUUGAGAGCGCACCCAGGAAGGGGAACGAAGGGCGCGGACCCUGCGGCCUCGGGGAGAACAGCGGCUCCUGGGGCGCUGGCUGGUCUGGCUCCUGCUACCAAGUCUGGCACAACAGCGAGAACGUGGACGUCCAGCUCCCCCUGUCCUCCACUAUGGGCAUCUACGUGGACCAGCCCGCCGGCAUCAUCAAGUUCCUCGCGGUGGAGGGAGAGGACACGAAGGAGGUGCGGCUGAUUCACAAGUUCAAAGCAAACACCCAGGAGAAGAUUUUCCCCGGGUUCUGGGUUGGCACAAAUUCCUACUGCAUUCUUCGGAAAAAGGAUCAGUGACAAAGUGGAGGGUUGAGCAUGCGGGGAGGGGAGUGUAAAUCUAAGGUAUUAGGGAGGGAGUUGGAGAGCUUGUGAUGUUUGGGGAACAAGUAUUGGAGUUGUUGUGACAUCUUUGUAGAUUGUGUUUGCUUUUUCUGGUUGCAUGAAUUGCACAUAUUCAUAUCAUAUUAUAUCCAAAGAUGGCUACUUAUUUUAUUUAUGGUGUAUCUAUUUAUGUAUUUUAUUUAACUUAGAAUUUAAUUUUAGGCGCAGUCUUGUGUAUGUUUUUGUAACACACAGGACUUUGCAUAUACCAGAGUGUUUGUUUAACUUAAGAGCCUGCAUCUUUUUUUUAUGUGCUGAAAGUAGUCAAUAAAUUCAACUAUUGUGUAAUAACA